AAGAGUCUCAAGAGUACAGCAGUUCACGUAGUUCGGCCACAUUGAUGCCGGAGUCUGAUGUUGCUCUGUUGGAGUCCGUUAGCCAUUACCUUCUGAGCGACGAUUUCGAAAUUCCGGCAACUUUAACGGUCAACUUUGACGCUCUGCCGUUGAACUUUGACGCCAUUUACGUAACUUUAUCUGAGGCCGUUAACUCCGGACAGACUCAGACGGACCAAGCGGAAGCCGCAAGUGUUGCUGAACUAAAACAAGUUGUGCGUGUUCCGGACGCACGGAAGGGGGGGUGUGGUUUUAAGGGAGUGAGGAGGAGGCCUUGGGGGAAGUUUGCGGCGGAGAUUAGGGACCCUAAAAGGAACGGGGCGAGGGUUUGGCUUGGGACUUAUGAGACUCCCGAGGACGCGGCUGUGGCUUAUGAUCGAGCCGCUUUCAAGAUGCGUGGCUCAAAGGCUAAACUCAACUUUCCUCAUCUAGCUGGCUCAAAUGAGUAUGAGCCGGUUAGAGUCACUAAUAAGCGCCGAUCACCCACAGCUUCUUCUUCGUCCUCUUCUCCAAAGCCGAAGAGGAGAAUGUGUGAGGUCGGCUCCGCGGGUCAAGCUGAUGUAGAAAACAACACUAUUUUUGACAUGCUUGAUGAAUUGUGGUUUCAAUAAUAUUACAAAAACAAAUAUUGUAGAUGAAUUUACGAUAUAUGGAUAUCUGCGAUAGAGAUUUUAAUUUCCACUGAGUUAAUAUUGUUUUUAAGGGUUCUUAAUUUACUUAAGUGGGCUUGGCAAUAAUCAUUGGGCUUU